ACCCCCAAGCAGUGAAAAGGAGUUUGUGCAGCAAAUCGGUGCCAGCCUACACAAAUCCUGGAUAAGCAAUGAGCAGGCCAGCAAAGGAGGAUUCUAGCAAGGAAAAUAGGCAUAAAGAGAAAAAUGUCAUCAUUCUUACGACAAGGCAGAACGAUGACAUGCCUCCUUAACCAGACAUUCUCUCUGCGUUUUAGCAACGCUAACAUUAACAAAUCCUCUCCCUCUCCUCGUCACCACACUCUGCACUCUGUCAUCACCUCCCCGGGUGGUUGGCGCCUCCAUUCGAGCAACUCAGUUCUUGGGUUCUUUUCGAAGUCUGUAGGAGCUGGGGGAAUGGGUUCUGUUCGGGACUCUGUAUCGUAUCUCUCGCAACGUGAAGCCGCAGAGAUCGACGAGAUCCUCAUGGGUCCUCUCGGCUUCAGCGUCGAUCAGUUGAUGGAAUUGGCUGGUUUGAGCGUGGCCACAUCCAUAGCGGAGGUUUACAGGUCUAGUGAGUAUAAUCGCGUUCUUGCUCUUUGUGGUCCAGGAAAUAACGGUGGUGAUGGUAUGGUAGCAGCACGCCAUUUGCAUCACUUUGGAUAUAAACCAUUUGUUUGUUAUCCAAAGCGUACUUCUAAGCCUCUUUACGCGGGUCUGGUCACUCAGAUGGAAUCACUGUCAGUCCCUUUCCUAUCAGUGGAGGAUCUGCCUUCGGACCUAUCAAAUGACUUUGACAUUAUAAUAGAUGCGAUGUUUGGAUUCUCUUUCCAUGGAGCCCCAAGGCCACCUUUUGAUGAUCUGAUCCAUAGGCUGGUUUUGCUGCACAAAUGUGGUCAAGCACCCAAAAAAUUGCCCAACAUUGUUUCUGUGGAUAUUCCUUCUGGAUGGCAUGUUGAAGAAGGGGAUAUUGACGGAGUAGGCAUUAAACCUGACAUGCUGGUUUCUUUAACUGCUCCAAAGUUGUGUGCCAAGAAAUUUUGUGGUCCACACCACUUUCUAGGUGGCAGAUUUGUUCCGAAAUUUAUUAUAGAUAAAUUUAAGCUUCAACUUCCACCAUAUCCUGGCACUUCAAUGUGUGUCCGAAUUGGAAAGCCACCACAGAUUGACAUAUCGGCUCUUAGAGAGAACUAUAUUUCCCCAGAAUUUCUUGAGGAGCAUGCGGAGGCUGAUCCCUUUGAUCAGUUCUGCAAAUGGUUUGAUGAAGCAGUGGCAGCUAGCUUGAGGGAGCCAAAUGCUAUGGCCUUAUCAACUGUUGGCAAGGAUGGAAAACCCUCAUCUCGAAUGGUGUUGUUAAAAGGAGUUGAUAAAGAUGGUUUUGUAUGGUACACCAAUUAUGGGAGUCGUAAGGCACGUGAGUUGUCUGAAAAUCCUCGUGCAUCUCUUCUCUUCUUCUGGAAUAAUCUUAAUCGCCAGGUAAGAGUGGAAGGAGAUGUGCAGAAAGUUUCUGAGGAGGAAUCUGAGCAGUACUUCCAUAGCCGUCCUCGAGGAAGUCAGAUUGGAGCAAUAGUCAGCAAGCAGAGUACUGUAGUUCCUGGAAGGCAUGCCCUUUGUCAAGAAUACAAAGAAUUUGAAGAAAAACUCUCUGAUGGAAGUUUGAUUCCAAAACCUAAACACUGGGGAGGAUAUAGGCUUAAACCGGACCUUUUUGAGUUUUGGCAAGGACAGCCAUCUCGCUUGCAUGACAGGUUGCAGUAUUCUCCUGAAGUUAUUGAUGGAAGACGAGUAUGGAAAAUUCAUAGAUUGGCUCCCUGACUAGUAUUUUCAGCAUCCUCAUUAUGAAGCUUGUGUUCAUGGUACUCUUUUAUCAUUAUGCUGCUAAUUACUUUUGUGUAUAGCAAGAUGCAUGUGUAAUACUGUGCCAUGAAAUUUGGGGAUUACUUCAUAUACACAGGAGUGGCAGAUUGUAUCAAGAUGGGUAUAGUUAUGAGGAUUGAAUAGAAUGCCAUCUUAGAUGCAGUUUUAAAUCCGGAAUCAAUUGGGUGGUAAUUAAUUGGGAGGGAACAUAUUUGAGCGAUUGGCAUGAACAAUGUUAUACCUAUGCAGUCUGAUUUUGAGGCUUUCCUCAACUUUAUACAAAUGUUAUUAGUACACCAUGAAAUUUCAUGUAAAAUUGUCACCUAAUGGGUUGCUGGGGGUAGAAUAUCUGCAAGAGGUGUUAAUGGGGUCUAGUAAACUUGGGGGAACAAGAGAUAUGUGAAAAGUAAACUUGUGGCUGUAUUUAUGUUUGAGAAGGCAAGAUUUUCUUAAAUGGUGGUCACUAUGGUCAUGGCUUUGCUCUUUGUGUGUUGUAUUUUAAUGGAAUGCUGUCAUCGAUAGUUGUAAUAUCUUUUAUUUGAUGCAAAAUACACAGUUAUUAUCAUGAAAAUAAUGCCGAAAACAGAAACUACAACCAUUUUCUUUGCAUCAUGUCUUCUAUUCUUACCAAAUCUAAUAUUAUGCUAGUUGUACUAUUUGUAAAAAAUAACCUUUCUUUCUAGAGGCCAUGUAAUUCUGUCUGAAGUCACCUUUUUCUUCUUUUUCAGCAAUAGAAAAUAUUUGAGUAAAUUGCAUUUAAUAACUUUCAUUCACUAAGUUUGACUUUGUUGAGGAAUUUAAUAUCUCAGUAGCAAUACCUAACUUAACUCAUUGCAAUGUUAUCUUGAAAUACGUGUUUGUAACACAAAUUGGGGGAGUUUGGCCUCUACGACAUAAAGUGUGAGUAAUGGUUCAUUUCAUUCAGCAUGGAUUUCCAUUACACUUAUUGACUGGCCCUCCGAAUUCUAUCUGCUAUGUUACACCUUGGUCCCGGAACGUCAAUUUGUUCACUGGCAAUCUUGAAGAUAUAAACUCCUUGCCACACUGUCUUGGGGUGAAUGUGCAGAAGUUGGGGAUGAUGGCGGUGAAGAGAAUAGAAGAAUUCAUCCUGGAAGAGUACUAUCUUUAUAAUUUUUUCUUGUUGCUUCAAUGUUUGCAAUUUUUUUAGGUGAAUAAUUUUCAAGAAUCAUUGGACUUGUUUUUGGUACAGGCAUGUGGGCACUACAAAAUAGAAUAUUGUGCAUUGAAAGUUAUUUGGGGAUGGUGUUUAAGAAUUUUUUUUCUUUUUUUUUUUGGGGGAAGGGUUCUAGAAUACCUAAUGACUCCAAAUCAACAUUAAUGUCAUUUUUCAACUCCAUUUUGCUUUGGCCUCAAGGAAUCAUCAAGGUUUAUUUAUUUAUUUUC